UCUAAACCAGCUGUGGACAAAAUUUGUUGUGAAAAAAACAAAAUAUUACAAUUUUUCGAUGUAAUGUAUAAUAUAAUGCCGAAUCAAGUUAUUAAUAUUAACCAUCUAAGCUGCCGCGUCUGUCUGGAGACAAACGAGGGCGCCUUGCGUCUGCACGACGAGAUCCAGUACAAUGAGCUCAACUUUGAAUUGUGGCAACUGCUGGAAAUCGUCUCCAAAGUAAAGUGCACCUGGAACGAGGCAGAUAUGCCGACCCGUUUGUGCCAGAAUUGCACACGCCGCUUGAUAGCCGCCUAUGAGUUUAUUCUCGAUGUGGAGAAUGCACAGCACACGCUGCAGAACUUGUACCUUGUGAUGAAGGAACCGGAGGAGACGACCCAUGUGGAGGUUCUGGAACUGUGCAGCCAGGACGAGUUUUUGCCCGUCAUCUGUGACACUGUGGAGGUGGCUGUGACGAUGGAAGCAGAGGACGCUGCUGAAGCUGUGGUCGAUGUGCCCGUGCCCUUUUCACAAGCAGAAACGAUUAUCGAGCCAAUUUACAAAACAGAGCAUCUAGGAGAGUUGGAGACUGAAAUACCAUUAGAGGCAGAAGACUUGGAUGCUGCACAAAAUGUGGAUGACAAAAAUACGGAUGUGAAAGAGGAGAAAGAGGAAGCUGCCUCUGCGACAAAGCCGCGUCCCUCUCAGCUGGGCAGUCGGCUGACCCACUCACAGAAUUUCAUCUUUAAGUGUGCCAUUUGUCCGCGUGCCUUUGCCAAAAAUGAUUCGCUGGCACGGCACAUCGCCGUUGCCCACAGUCAGACCGCGGACGUGGCCGCCCAGGAGCUGGCAAACGAGAGCAGUGGAAGCGGCGUGCUCACCUGCAAGCACUGUCCACGCAUUUUGAAGCGGCAGGACACACUGCGUCGUCACAUGCAGGCAUUCCAUCCAGAGGAAGCGGCCAAAGAUGAUACUGAGUCAACUGCCAGCUCGCAGCGGAAGCGCACGGCCAAGCGUCGUGAGUGCCCCCACUGUGGCAUUAGUUUUCCCACCUCCAGCCUGACCAUCCACAUACGUCGGCACACUGGCGAGUAUCCGUACAAAUGCGAGCAGUGCGAGAAGGCCUUUCCGCGCAGCCAGGACCUAAGCUUGCAUAUGCGACACCACACGGGCGAAAGACCCAGCGAAUGCAAAAUCUGCUCAAAGAAAUUCAUAUCCCAGAACAAGCUGUCCAGACACAUGCGCCUACACACAGGCCAGCGUCCGUAUGCCUGCGACAAGUGUGACAAGAGUUUCGUGCAAUCCAACGACCUGAAGAUCCACAUGCGACGUCACACGGGCGAGCGGCCCUACAAGUGUGAUGUAUGCGGGGAUAGCUUUGUCUCUGGCUCCCUACUGAACGUCCAUCGUAAUCAGAAAGGUCACCACAUGGCAACAUCUGGAAACCUGAGCUCCGGUGAUACCACUGACGAUCCGUAUGUAAAUGCGCGUGUCAACAUGCGUCGAGCGGAGGAUAUUGAACGUAUGCGGCUGAAGCGAGAUUCCGAGGAUCGACUUAACCAGCCCCAGGCGUCGCCAUCAGAGCCGCAGCCACCGUCGCCAAAACAGUAUUCCCCUCCGGAGAAGCCGCUCCUGAUCUACAAGUGUGGCGUCUGUGACUGGACCUUCAAGAGCGGCGCCUGUCUAACCAUUCAUCGCAACAACAUGUCCCACUACGAGAUCGGCAAGGUCGACUACGGUGAUCCCUUUUCCAAGAUGGUCAAAAGGCAUAAUUAAUUGAAAAAUUGGGGACUAGCUUUAAGAUCACAAAUUAAGACUUAAAUAUUUAGGGGCGGGGGUAUAUUUAUUUUAUUUAUUAACCCACAAGAUCUGGAUCGUCUGGAGGAUAUAUGUAUAUGUAUAUGCAUACGCAUUCUGUCCAUAAAUUAGUUUAAGCAUUGAUUAAUAUCUUUUUAUUAGGUUGAGUAAAAGCUGUUGACAACUAAAAUCAUUUAAAACUGAAGAAGAAAUUAGAGAAAAUGUACAUUUAACAAUUAA